AUGGAUCUCGCAAGUGCCCUGGUCCGCAGCGUCGUUCGCGCCUUCUACGAAACCCGACAGAUUCUAGUAGUUGAUGCACUGUUUACUCACUCGGUACUUCAUGCCGAGGAUCUUGCGCAUCUACUCGGCAUGCAGCAGAAGGACUUGCGGAAGCUAUGCGCCAGAUUGCGGGAAGACCGUCUCAUAGCAGUUCACACGCGAAGUGAGAUUCGUGAGGGCUCUACCCGACCCGUGAACCGCGAUUACUAUUACAUCCCAUUACAUCCCGUCAUCGACGCAAUCAAAUAUCGAGUCCUUCGUUUAACAUCCAGUAUCAAAGCCCAAUACACCCCGAGCGAAGAUCGAAAGGAAUACAUAUGUCUACGAUGCGGCGCAGAAUGGACCGAACUCGAUGUUCUAAGUCUGUACAGCGAUGAAGGAUUCGAAUGCCAAUCCUGCGGCGCCAUUCUCGAGCGUACUGAAGAUGUCAAGGGUACCGAAGGCCUCGAUCGCACCGGACACGAGAAGAAUAGUAAACUCAUGGCUCAACUGGAAGCAUUUACAAGUCUUUUGAAACAGAUUGACGCCACUGAAAUUCCAGUCAAUGACUUUGAGACCGCAUGGGAUCACAAGGUUGAGGUUAUUCGCAACCAACAAACACACCCAUCCAAACCCGCCAUAGCAGCCGCGGCAAAACAACCAGCAGCGGUUCGUGGCAAUCAAAGAGUCGACGCAGCUGCAAUUGAAGUAUCAUUACAAUCAUCAGCCGAGAAAACCGCCGCUGAACAAGCGGCCGACGCAGCGCGCAAAGCGGCCUUUGAGAAACAAAACGCCCUACCCGUCUGGCAUACACAUUCAACCGUUUCAACUACUGCAGGCAACAUCAACAAAAUCAAAGCAGAAACAGACGCAGAAAUCAGAGCCGAAAUCAAAGAUGAAGCAGGCGCCGCUGACGAAACAAAACCAAGCACAGAUGCGUUGGACGAUAUUGCAGCAUACUACGCUGAAAUCGCGAAGGCGAAAGCUGAAGAAGCCACUUCACCGGACGAAGAUGACUCGGACGACGAUGAAGACGAGGAUGAGUUUGAAGAUAUAUCCGUUGUGGGGACGCCGGCUACGACAACAGUUGCAUCUGGAGGAGGCGGUGGUCCAACAAGCGCACCAGUGCCUGGACGAUCAUCUGCUGGGAUUAAACGGGAACUCGAAUCGGAGUCUGGUGGUAGUAGUGCGCCUCAAACUGCUACAGGGACACCCGGAACUCCAGCGGAUGAUGGACCCGUAAGCAAGAAGGUUAAAACGGAGGAAGAUGUCAUCAAGAAAGAGGAAGAAUCUGAUGAGGACGAAGAGGAAUUUGAGGAUGUUUCAUAG